AUGUUUAUAUAUUCCAAACUUAAAGACAAAUCAAACCAAUUUAAAUAUUUAUGUGGUCUAUCUAUCCAGCAAUUUGAACUCUUAUAUAAUUGCUUAGAUCCAUACUGUCACUUAAUUGAAUAUCCAGAUUGUAAAGGCACAGGAAUCAGAUUCCUUGAUAAGAAAACUGAGUUGUUUUCAGUUUUAACAUUGUGCAGACAUGCACUUCAUCUUGGUGUUAUUGGAUUUAUGGUGGGUGUUGCUGAAACCACCAUGUAUCGUAUUUUCACUGGGUGGGUUGUAUUUAUAGACGCAAUAUUUUCAGAGGUAAAUUUAAAGGUUGAAAGCACUUAUAUUUCCUUAAUGAUGCCUUCUGUUUUUAAAAAAACUGGGCAUGGUGAAACCGAUAUUGUCGUGGAUGCUACUGAAUUUAAAUUUCAACAACCAAGCAAUUAUGACCUAAACACUUUAAUAUUUUCAAGUUAUAAAAACUGUACAACAGGGAAAGCUUUAAUUGGAAUCUCUCCACAUGGAUCAGGUUUGCUUUUUGGAGACAAAUAUCCUGUUUCCAUCACAGAUAAUGAAUUAAUAGAACAAUCUCUUAUUUUAGAACUAGUUGAGAAAGAACACGAAAUUAUGGCACAUAGAGGGUUUUCAAUUUAA